UGCAGGGGUCCUUUCUCUGCGUUGCCUUUGCUCCCUGAGAAAGCUGGGAAGGCUCUCAGGAGGCUGGAACCUUCCUUGGAGUCCCUGCGGAGAGCAAGGGAAGCAGAGAGAAGAGGGAGGCAAGAGAAGCCAGGGGUCUUUGCAAAGGGAGGAUGGCAGGGUCUCCCCGGCCCACGCUGCAUCAGGGGGGCUUGCAAGUGCUGGCAGCGACCCUCUCCUUGGCUUUGGUGGCCUCCUACAACCUGGACCUGGAGCAGCCAGUGAUCUUCCAGGGACCCAACCACUCUUUCUUUGGCUACUCCGUCCUGGAGCAUUACUACGACCACACGAGAUGGAUUUUGGUUGGUGCCCCACAGGCAGAUUCUAAAUACAGUGCUUCACUUAAGUCUCCGGGAGCUGUCUUUAAAUGCCGUGUUCACACCAACCCUGAUAGGAGGUGCACAGAAUUGGACAUGGGUAGAGCCAGUGUUCCGGGAAUGCCUUGUGGGAAGACAUGCAAAGAGGACAGAGAUGAAGAAUGGAUGGGUGUCACUUUAGCAAGGCAACCAAUAGCUGGAGGAAGUAUUUUGGCUUGUGCACAUCGUUGGAAAAACAUCUACUAUGAGACAGAGUACAUACUUCCACAUGGUUUUUGCAACAUCAUCCCACCUAAUCUGGGGCCCAAUGGUAAAAAGUUAUUGCCCUGCUAUGAAGAGUAUAAGAAGAAGUAUGGCGAGGAGCAUGGCUCAUGUCAGGCUGGCAUAGCAGGUUUCUUCACAGAGGAGCUGGUUAUCAUGGGAGCUCCUGGAUCUUACUACUGGACAGGAACUAUCAAAGUACUGAAUCUCACUGAUAAUACAUACUUCAAAUUGAAUGAUGAAUCCGUGAUAGCCAAGCGGUACACAUAUCUUGGAUAUGCGGUGACAGCGGGUCACUUCUCCCAGCCGAUGACCACUGAUGUCGUAGGAGGAGCUCCUCAGGAUGGAGGCGUUGGAAAGGUAUACAUUUUCCGCACUGAUAAGCGGUUUGGAUCUUUAAUAAAGAUCUUUCAAGCUUCAGGUAAAAAGAUGGGCUCUUACUUUGGCUCCUCCUUAUGUGCAGUUGAUUUGAAUUCUGAUGGACUUUCAGACCUCCUGGUGGGAGCGCCCAUGUUUUCAGAGAUCCGGGAUGAGGGUCAAGUCACCGUCUACCUCAGCAGAGGAAAUGGAGUCCUGGAAGAGCAGCUUGUUCUAAAUGGUGACAAUGCCUACAAUGCACACUUUGGAGAAAGUAUGGCUUCCCUGGGGGAUAUGGAUGAUGACGGAUUCCCAGAUGUUGCCAUUGGUGCUCCUAAAGAGGAUGACUACAUUGGAGCGGUCUAUAUCUACCAUGGAUACACUGGUGGCAUUAUACCUCAGUAUUCUAUGAGGAUACCAGGAAAACGGUUAAGUCCGAGACUACAGAUGUUUGGCCAGUCGAUUUCUGGAGGUGUUGAUAUGGAUGGAAAUGGUUACCCAGAUGUGACGUUUGGAGCUUUUAUGUCAAACAAUGUGGUUCUUCUAAGAUCUAGGCCUGUCAUUACUAUGGAUGUCUCCAUUUUCCUGCCUGCAUCUAUUGACAUCACGGCUCCGCAGUGCCAUGAUGGCUUGCAACAAGUGAACUGCCUAAACAUCACAGCCUGUUUUAGUUUCAGAGGAAAGCACGUUCCUGGACUGAUAGGACUGAACUAUAACUUGACAGCAGAUGUGACCAAGAAAGAAAGGAGUAAUCCAAUCAGGGUUUAUUUUGUCUCUUCUGGAGAAGCAAUGGGCCAGAUCUCAGAGCAGUUGCAGCUGUCCUAUAGGCAAGAGAAAUGCAAGCAAUACCUAGCCUACGUGAAGAGAAGAGUCAAAGAUGUGAUAUCACCAAUUGUAUUUGAAGCUGUAUAUAGCCUUGGGGAACACACCCUGGCAAAGGAAGAGAAAGAAUUGCCUGCGCUGAAGCCUGUACUUCGAUGGAAAAGGGGACAGAAGAUGGCUCAGAGAAAUCAGACUGUGUUUGAGAGGAACUGUCAGUCAGAUGAUUGUGCUGCUGAUCUGAAACUUCAGGGGAAAUUGUUCUUAUCCAGUGUUGAUGACAGGGCUCCCUAUCUGGCUUUGGGAGCAGUGAAGAACAUUUCUCUGAACAUCUCCAUCUCCAACAUUGGGGACGAUGCUUAUGAUACCAACAUUGCUUUCAACUUUUCCAGGGAGCUCUUUUUCAUCAAAAUGUGGCAAAAGGAAGAGAUGGGCAUCGCAUGUGAAUUACUUGAACCAGACUCGGACUUCCUUAAGUGCAGUGUGGGCUUUCCCUUCAUGAGAUCAAAGUCCAAGUAUGAGUUCAGUGUAAUCUUUGACACUAGCCAUUUGUCUGGAGAAGAAGAGAGUCUCUCAUUCCUUGUCACUGCUCAAAGUGGGAACCUAGAACAUAACCUCCAGGACAACUCUCUCACCCUCUCUGUUCCUCUGAUGCAUGAAGUGGACUCCUCCAUCACUGGUGUUGUGUCCCCCAGUUCUUUUAUUUAUAGCGAAUCUGUGGCAGCCUCUCAGUUUAUUCAGCUAGAAGAUUUUGAAUGCGAUUUUCAGGACCUCAACUUUACUCUUCAGGUGUACAAUGCUGGCCCAAGCACACUCCCUGGAUCUUUUGUUAACAUUUUAUUUCCAAACCAUCUCUCAGCUACUGGAGCAGAAAUGUUCUAUAUUCGCCAGAUAAUGGUUGCACAAGACAAAGGAAACUGCUCUUUUCAGAGAAACCCAACUCCAUGUGUCAUUCCUCAAGAAAAGGACAACAUUUUUCACACAAUAUUUGCCUUUUUUACCAAGUCUGGCAGAAGAGUCCUGGAUUGUGAAAGACCAGGCAGGCCUUGCUUAAUUAUACAUUGCAAUUUAAGCUCACUAGCGAAAGCAGAAUCCCGCAGCAUAGAUGUCCAGAUGCUAUUGAAUACUGAAAUACUAAAAAAGGACAGUUCAUCUGUCAUUCAGUUCAUAACAAGAGCAAAGGUGAGGGUGGACACAACCAUCCGGGCAGUAGAAGUACCCAACGGGAAUUCAGAAGAUGCAACGGUGGUCUUUGAGGCCUUGCAUAAUCUGGAGCCUCGUGGUUAUGUGGUUGGAUGGAUCAUUGCUAUCAGUUUACUUGUGGGAAUUCUCAUCUUCCUGCUGCUGGCAGUGCUGCUAUGGAAGAUGGGCUUCUUUCGUAGAAAAUACAAAGAAAUCAUUGAGGCUGAGAAGAAUAGGCAAGAGAAUGAAGAUAGCUGGGACUGGGUCCAGAAAAGCCAGUGAACUGUUGCAGGAAGCGAAACACUGAAAGCCCAGCCAUAUAAUUCACCAUUUCUCCCCUAUUGGUCCUGCUCUUGUAUCUUCCAUAUGUGGAAGAAGGAAUCUUCUCCAGAUUUUUCGGAGGCCCAUUGAUGCUGUUGUUCAUCAUCAUCUUAAGCUAGGGAACAUAUCCUGAGGCAACCACUGCAGGCAUGUCAGAUGACUGGAGCAAUCUACACUUCCUGGAAGAGAUGAACUUUGAGCUGCAGCGCAGAGCAAUAUUUAUAAAUCCAGCAUAUGUGGUAUACCCUCAGGGGAAGACUGAUGCCUAAAACAAAGUAUUUUUUAUAAAUAUAAGCUUUUUAUACUGAUUAUGUCCUUUUAUAUAUUUGUAUCAAUGUUUUAUGUUUUCUAUUGAAUAGCGAUAUAUAUAUAUAUAUA